AUGAUUGCAAUGGGUUUCGUGAUGGAGGGACUACAGUUUGAUCCACAGCAUUGGCAAAACGUACUGGUGAUCGGCUUAGGAGGUGGAACUGUGUGCAACUUUUUCGGUGCUGCCAAGUCCCUAAGGGUGAACCUCACAACAGUUGAGUUGGACCCACUCAUGGUGACAAUAGCGAAUGAAUGGUUUGGGCUACAUGAAACGCCAGUUAACACUGUUAUUGUUGAGGACGGAGUAAAAUUCCUUCAUGAAGCUGCUGAGCGAGGUCGGCGAAUUUCUAUCAUGUUAUCAAUUAAAUUCUUGAAGAACUCAUCACAAGAAGGUCGAAUUGCGGGCAUGCAAAGGUCAAAUAUCGUUAUGGUCCAGACAUUACCUCCCCCCACUAGAGUCUUUAUAGCGCGUGGUAACGAUAGUUGUUGA